AGGAGGGGAGGAAGGAUGGGGGACUCUGAAGAGGUUGUGAUGAUGGCGGCGAAGCGUGACGGGCGUUCGGUGAUGCGGCUGGAGAGGAUGUUCCGAAGUGAAAUAGACGACAAAUUACUACAUCACGUGGCCGGGGGCCCCCACAAAGGAAUACUUAUCGCCAAAGCAGUGGACAAUCUGAAAGACGUGGAACCGGCCGAAGGACGCCUAGAAUUUCUUGCCUACCUUGUCAACGAAGAACAACACAAUCAAUCUGUGCAGGAUUACUGGACCCUGCGGUUUUGGUUUCGGGGACAGGCUGAGGGGGUGGUGAAAAAGAAGACGUUCACGGAUUACUUCCAGGAACUCAUGAACCCAUCGAGUUUCCCAAAAAAUUACAUUGGAUUCAUCAAGAAAGCCCUGGUGCUCCUCAAGGUGUACCACGUCAUCAAGAGGGUCGAGCUCGAGGUUCAAGAGACAGAAGACCCGUCACCCGAGGAGUCAAUCCCUCCAAUCAAAAGUUUCACAUCAGUGUUCACCCCAGCGUCUUACACAUAUCAACUUGUGCCAGAAGUACAAAUUAACAACAAAACCUUCAUCACAUUCAUGGUUAAGGCGGCUGCUGACGCUCACGUCGCAUUAAGCGCAGUUUAUGGUGACGUAGACCGCAAAACCUAUGAAAUCGUUAUCGGAACUGACGGAAACACAAAAUCAAUCAUCCGCUACGGAGCCGGCGGACCGAUCAUGGUCGAAUCAAUGACCAUGAAUGUACUAUCCGAGGAGGAAUUCCGAUAUUUUUGGGUCAACUGGGCGAACAAUAAGAUCGAAGUGGGACGUGGUGCUAAUUACGGAGUGGGUGCUUUCCUCCAAUGGACGAUUCCACCCAGUAAGCAGUUCAACAUAAACUGUCUGGCAGUCUCAACUGGAACCCCGUCACGUGGGCAAUGGGAGUUUGCAGAACUUUUGGACGCAGAAAAGGAUUUUGGAAAGGAAGCAAAAAAGAAACGAAUCAAACACUCUUUAUUAUGGAUUGCGAAGAAACAAAAAAUGUUGCAAUGUCUAGAAGACGCAUAUCCCAAUAUGGUGAAAACUGCAGAAAUGUUUAAAUACUGUAAAAUCAAGCAGUCAGAUACGAUGGCAGCUCUGGUGUUUUUAUCAGAUAUGCAGAAAAAGAAUUUGAUUAAGGAGGUGGAGGGUGGCUAUUGGAUGAGACUGCAAAAGAGCCAAGAAUCGGAAAUUAUCAAACAUGAGGUAAAAAUCGUCAAGCACAUGCCAGAACUAAAGGCUUCUGAACAACCAACCAUCGCCAUUGUGACGUCACUUUUCUGCGAGAAAGUAGCUGUGGAUGCCAUGAUUGAAGAAAAAACAACAUAUGUGAAAUAUAAAACAGAAGGCGAGUCUCAAGUAUAUACAUUGGGGAGAAUAGGAAAGUUCAAAGUUGUUUCAACGAAAGUAUCUCGUAAAUCUUCGUCAGAGCAGGAGGCAAGGAUAUGUGCAGAAAACACUAUUACAAGACUUCUAGGUUCAUUCAGCAAAAUCCACCACGUGUUAAUCGUGGGUGUCGGAAGCGGGGUACCCCAUUACUCCGACGGCAAUCAACACGUGCGUCUGGGGGAUGUGGUCGUGUCUGUGCCUUCCAGAAAGAACGGUGCUAUUUACAUGUACUGUGAUAAGAUAGAGAAGAUGACCGACGCAAACGGUUACAAUUAUUCUACGCGGGAAUGGGACUGCAGUGACAACUCGCUACAGGAUAUCGCCGUCAGUCUAAAACAAAUCAUGGAGAGGGACACCAACCCACAGAGGCCGUGGGACCGCUACAUGAACGACGCCAAAGAUAUCCUCCAAACCGAGGAAUCUAACUUCCACCGACCUCCAAUGAAGACCGAUCGACUGUUCUACACAGACGACAACGGAACUGACUUAGAACUGGAGCAUCCGGCCGCUGGUAAAGGUUACCGGGUAGGACAGAGCAACUGCCGCCUGGGGGUGAUCGCUAGCGGUAAACUUGUCUCCAGGAGCCCCCGUCUACGACAGUCAUUCGCGGAAAUAAACGGCAUCCGAGCAUACGACAGUGACGUCACUGCGGUUUUGGAAUCGUUGGAAGGGAACCGAAAUAACAGCUUUAUCAUUAUUCGAGGGAUCUCCGAUUAUUCCAGCGGCUCCAGAAAGGAAUGGCAACCGUACGCAUCCCUGGCUGCCGCCGCUUACAUGAAGUCGCUCAUUUAUGCUUUGAAAUAAUUAACUAGCUUUCAGGAUGGGGAUUUAAUUUUCCCUACGCUUAUUAAGUUUUUUUAUAUGAAUAUUUUUGGAGGGGGGGGGGGGGGUCCAUGUUAUGUGCAUAAUAUGACAGUGCUGUAAGAUUA